AUGACCCAACCUACGACUAAGCCUGCUACUUCACACUACAAUUCCAUGUUUUUACAGACUGUAGGAAUCUGGGACAGCUUGACGCCAUCAUUUUUCACCAUAAUCGACUUGGUUAUGGCGCUCUUACUAGGAAUCAGAUGCGAGUUGUUUAUCCGAGAGGUCAAAGAAACUAAACGAUUGGUGAUAGCUGUUAUGGCGAAACAUUUUGAUGGUAGACUGAGGGAGAAAUCAAACAGAAUGUUGAAACUCAUAGAAGAGACGCCUCCACACUUCUCCGUGUACGACAUGUGGCAACUGGACGCAAAUGUCCUCUUGCAGAUGUUCAUGCUGGUCACUGGACUUAUCGUUACACAAAUGCAGUUUGCUUUCUUGUGA